AUGGAAGAAAACAACAACAAAAAAACCCUUCUCUUCCUAUUAUUAGCUAUCUCCUUCACACUCUCAUCAACCACCACCACCACUCGCUUCCAAACCCAAACUCUAACUAUUAACUCUCUCCCAAACCCUUCAACUCUCUCAUGGCCAGAACAAUUUCUCUCCGACCACUCACAGGAAGAACUUCUCUCCGACCACUCACAACCUCUCUCCCUUCAACUACACCACGUAGACUCACUCUCCUCCAACAAAACACCUCAACAACUCUUCCACCUCCGCCUCCAAAGAGACGCCGCCAGAGUCCAAUCCUUCGCUCUCGCCACAUCUCCCAACCAGUCUCGUCCCCUUAGAUCCACCCCCGGUUUCAGCAGCUCCAUCGUCUCUGGUCUUUCCCAAGGCAGCGGCGAGUAUUUCACCCGCAUAGGCGUAGGCACACCAGCAAAAUACGUUUUCAUGGUCCUCGACACCGGAAGUGACGUCGUUUGGCUUCAAUGCGCUCCAUGCCGUAAAUGCUACUCUCAAGCAGAUCCAGUUUUCGAUCCAACAAAAUCACACACCUUCGCCGGAAUCCCAUGCGGUGCUCCUCUCUGCCGGAGACUCGACUCCGCCGGGUGCAACAAUAAAAACAAAGUUUGUCAGUAUCAGGUUUCUUACGGUGAUGGUUCUUUCACUUUCGGUGAUUUCUCAACCGAGACGCUGACGUUUCGGAAGACGCGUGUGACGCGCGUGGCUUUGGGAUGUGGUCAUGAUAAUGAAGGUCUAUUCGUUGGUGCUGCUGGUUUAUUGGGACUUGGGAGAGGAAGAUUAUCUUUCCCGGUUCAAACCGGUCGCCGCUUUAAUCAGAAAUUCUCUUAUUGUCUUGUCGACCGCUCCGCUUCUGCUAAACCCUCCUCCAUGGUUUUCGGCGAUUCCGCCAUUUCACGAACCGCCCGGUUUACUCCACUCAUCAAAAACCCUAAACUCGAUACUUUCUAUUAUAUCGAACUUCUCGGAAUCAGCGUUGGUGGUGCAUCCGUUCGCGGCGUCUCCGCUUCUCUCUUCAAGCUCGAUCCCGCCGGUAACGGCGGAGUUAUAAUCGAUUCCGGCACUUCAGUUACGCGAUUGACUCGUCCUGCAUACAUUGCUUUAAGAGAUGCUUUCAGGCUUGGUGCUUCGCAUCUGAAGAAGGCGCCGGAGUUCUCGCUGUUUGAUACCUGCUUUGAUUUGUCUGGUUUAACGGAGGUGAAGGUCCCGACGGUGGUGCUUCAUUUCCGAGGUGCUGACGUGUCGCUUCCAGCUACUAAUUACUUGAUUCCGGUUGAUAACAGUGGGAGCUUCUGCUUUGCUUUCGCCGGAACAAUGAGUGGUUUGUCCAUCAUCGGUAACAUCCAGCAGCAAGGGUUUCGGGUUGUUUAUGAUCUCGCGGGUUCUCGGGUCGGGUUUGCCCCGAGAGGGUGCGUGUGA